AUGGAGAAGAAGGCCGGAGUCGGUCUGCUGCAUUGCAAGAUAUGCGGUCAAAAUUUCCAAACCCCAAUAAAUUCCCUGUCCCAGCCGGUUGAUAUAUAUAGCGACUGGGUGGAUGCUUGUGAGGCCGUUGCUGAAGAUGCAGAGGCUCAGACCAAGCUGGACGAGGAGUUUGUGGAGAAGGACGUUCCAGAUGCCGAUGAAGAUGACGACUAUUGA